AUGUCUGGUGUCACACCUGUUGGUGCUAAUUUUAUGAGACAGAGGCACAGCUGGGGUUAUGCUUCUGGUGGGGAAGAUCUUGAAGAUGAUGCUUCUUCAAAGCCAAUUCCGCCACCUCCUUCUAUUCCUCGAGCAAAGACAUGGAUUGAGAUCAUGGAGAAUGUACUUUGGAUUGAUUCAGCAGUAUUUAUCAUUUAUUUUGGUGAUUGGCAUUCAAAUCUUAUCUAUCUCCUUAGGCAUGAUGACCGGAUUAAGAGGAUACCCUUAUACCUAGGAGUUGUAGGUGUUUUGUUGAGUGCGGCUUAUCUCUUAUAUACGAACAUGACAACGUGGGGUAUCAGAAAAUCAAGUGAAUACUGGGAGAUACUUGGUGCAUCAGCCUUGCCAUUUGUUACCCUGCUGGGUUUAGCUUCCUUUUCCCUAUUCACGUGGGCAUUGUGGCCGAUAUGGAGCGUCUUGACCCUACCGCUUGUGGUUACUCUGUUCAUGGCUUGCAUGGUUAUAUCACCCUAUUUGAUAUACAGGCCGGUCAAACAACAACCGGAAGUGCUCCGCUUAGAUUGA